AUGUUCAACUCAACGAAGCAGUGGUUGCGCCGGCACCGCAGUGGCAUUGCCAUUGGUGCCGGUGUCGUUGGAGUCGGCUACCUGGCCGGUCAGUACGUGCUGGGCAAGAUAUCAGAAGCCAGAGAGCGCAUGAGCAGUGAGCGGAUUGCGCGGGAGAAUCUACGACGCCGAUUCGAGCAGAACCAGACAGAUUGUACUUUUACCGUGCUUGCCUUGCUACCGACAGCUACGGAGAACAUACUUGCGGCUCUCCCAGUCGAAGAGCUGACGAACGAGCUGCAGCAGAAGCGCGCGGAGAGGCUGGCCAAGCAGCUGGGCGGAGGAGAGGUUGCGAGCUCAGAGAUAAGUUCGGAGCCUCUCAGCACAGUAGACGACGAUGGGAAGAGUCUGUCGAGCUUGAGGAGUCAGGGAUACAUGCACGCCAGUCAGAUGGGUGACUCGGUUGCCGGAGAUGGGAUACCACGGAAGAAGAGCCGGACGCAGCUAUGGAAUGAACUCAAGGUCAACUCUUUAACCCGAUCGUUUACUCUUCUGUAUACACUCUCACUUCUAACCUUACUUACACGCAUCCAACUCAACCUGCUGGGUCGACGAAACUACCUGUCCAGCGUAAUAUCACUUGCCUCCCCACAAGCCGAUCCAGCCAUAAUAAGCCUGGAAGAGAACGACGGCGACAAUGCGUUUGGAAACGACUUUGAGACCAACCGUCGAUACCUCACCUUCAGCUGGUGGCUCCUACACCGUGGAUGGAAGGACCUGAUGGAAAAAGUCGAAGAAGCCGUGGUCGAAGUCUUUGGACCGCUCAACCCACGCGAAGACAUAACACAGGACAGACUCUCGGAGCUGACGCUGGAAGUACGAAAGAAGGUCGAGGGAGCCACGAGCGAAGAGAGACGGGUGAAGCAAUGGUUGCCGUACUUGCUACCGGCCGUCGAGCAGGAAGACUACGUGCUACGCGAGUCCGGGGUGCUGCUAUCGUCUGAAGAAGUCUCGCCGCAGACAGCAUCCAACCUCCGACAUUUACUGGACGAGACAUCCGACCUUAUCGAAUCACCGCAGUUCACACAUAUCCUCUCCCUACUCAACAACGAAGCCUUCUCCUACCUUAUCGACCAUAAAUGCGCCAUCGACGCCUUCAGGAAGCCGCCUACUGUCCCUGCAACACAAGCACCAGAGGCAAGUCCUGCAAACCUCUUCUCGUCUUCAGCUACCGUUGUGCCGUCAGACAGCCAGCAACCACCGCCAAACCCCAGGGUGAAGCUAGCUACGAUCCUAGCAGUCGUCUCUCGCCAGGCACAUACCAUCGGCCAGGGCUCGAAUCCACCCAACGAGUACCUGUCAGCCAUGGAGGAAGGGGUACGGGAACUUGAAGCCUUUGCGGCAGUGGUGUACAGUAGUAACUUUGGCCUUGAAGGUGCAACGUCACCUGGCGGGUCAGUGGGCGGCUCCUUUGUCGUUGUCCCCUCGUCUGAGAAGAUGGCGAAGAUAGAGAUGAGAGACGUCGAGGCUGAAGAGGAAGCCGGAGCUGAACUUGAACCUGGAGCUGAAGCAGGAACCGGCGCUGGUGCUGAGGAGAUCAAUUUUGAGUCUGCCUGGGGCAAGGCAACGACUGAUGAGAUGUAA